CAUACGGCCAGGAUGUACGGCCGAAGACAUAAAGAGGAAGAUAAAUGGCCUCCGUACUAGCUACUCGUACGAAAAAGCAAAAGUACGUAUUGACAUAUUCAUUUAUAUUUAUUUAUGCAAGUUAAGUUUACAUGUCAUACAAAUGAUUAGCAUUAAUUUGUUCACUGCAGCGACUUGAAGCAUACAAUAAUGUUUACGUAACCUACAAGUAGUUAAAUUAUUUUCAUUAUUAAUAUUGCAGAUGAAUAAAAGCAAAAGUGGAGCCAGUGCGCAGGCGGUGUACACACCACAAGUGUACUGGUUUCAAAUGCUGAAAUUUCUAGACCAGUCUACAGAGGCCGACGAAAGUAUGUGCAAUUUGGAGAGCACGGAUAGUGAAGCUGGAAGUGAACGUGCGACACCGACACCGACGUUUGAGGAUAUGUUAGCGCAAGACAUGCAAGAGCCUGUCGCAUGUAGCGAGGCACAGCCACAGCCCCUGCGUCAAGAGCGGCCUCCCACUAAAAGGAGGAAAGUCACGCCAGACGUGGCAACUAACGUCAUGCAGGAGGCCAGCAGGACACUUCAGGCUAUGGCUGAUGCUGCCAGAACCAUGCCUGUCCAUGAUGACCGCUAUAGUACCCUUGGCGCCCACAUCGCAGCAGAUCUGCGUGAAAUGGAAAGAGUGGGCGGCAGGGGAUACACCACUGCCACUAUGCACAGUCUGCAGCGGACAUUAAUGGACAGGUGGGAUUUGCUGCAUGCGACAGUCCGUGCACAACCGUCCACCUCUGGAUAUAUCCAGGUUGCCUUGCAGCAGGCUGGAAUACAGGAUGAAGAUUCCCUUCCAUAAAUAUAUAUGUGUCUAUAAAUUUUGUAUCUCUCCAAUCUUCUUAAUCUAUUUUUAUAAUCAGGGUGCCUCACAUUGUAAAGUGUCUCAUCCGCUUCAUACAU